AUGCCCUCCUCCGCCUUAACGGGCGAUCUGGCUAACUUGUUAACAGGUGUAAAGGGAUACACCUCGGACCAGAGUGCCACAGCAGAGAAUAUCACCGCCCUACUGGAGAAGCUCACGACAUGCGGCAAGCAGCUUUACGUUUUGGAUCGGGAAGUGGAGGACAGCAUCGCUCCUGAAGCGUUCAGAAGUGAAUACGACUCUGUUCUGCAGUAUGAAGAAAGGAUAACAGAGUGCAUCGCAAGGCUACGACUCACCUUCGAACGACUGCCACCGACUACAUCGACGCCUACACCAGCAGUCUCUCCGACGCCACAGAUCCCUGACCGUAGUACCGGAGUCAGGCUGCAACGCCUUCAACUGAGGAAGUUCCGCGGAGAUUUUACAGAAUGGCAGCCGUUCUGGGAUGAGUUCAAGGCCAACGUGCACGACAACAGGAAUUUAACCAAGUCGGAUAAAUUCCAUUACCUUCGAUCGUUGUUGCUCGGAACAGCGGAGGCAGCCAUAUCAGGACUGCAGACGACCGAAGCGGCGUACGACGACGCUAUCGCUUUGCUCACUCAACGGUUCGGAGACCGCGGAAGGCUUGAGGAACAGUACCUAGGGAAGCUUAGAACGCUUCCACAUGUUAAGUCUUCAACGGACACGUGCGGUUUGCGAAAACUCCACGACUACGUGCAGACGAACAUAUGCGGUUUACGCUCUUUAGGCAUACCAACAGUGACUUACUCUUCGAUGAUGACGCAAAUCCUACUGGCCGCAAUACCGUCCGACAUAGUGCUCGAGUACCAUCGUUUGAACCUCCGGAGCAUGCAGAGAGACGCCGCAACACCAGCAGAACACGAAGUCGCCACGUUACAAGAUGAAGGCGCUGCCUCCACAGCUUCCGCAGAACUGAACAAGGUGUUGGCUUUCCUGAAGGCGGAAGUUGAAAGCAGAGAAAGGAGUGGACUUUGCGACCGUCAGGAUCAGAAACCGUCCGGCCAACGGAAGACGGGAGCAAAAGGUCAUGCCAGUGCACCCUCGGCUUUCGCGUUGCACAACCAAACUGUCCCGACGAACUGCCUCUUUUGCAAGGCGAAGUCUCACGCCACUGAGAACUGCAACGCAGACAUGUCGCAGGAAGACAAAAAGAAGACGUGGCCAAGUACAGGCGCAGUUUUCGGUGCACGAAGGCGUUCCACAAUUCAAAGGAAUGCCGUUACAAGGGAAGGUGCUCAAAAUGCAGAGGAAGACACGUUGCCACAAUGUGCGACCCCAACUGGACGGCCGCGCACGCUAAGGAAACUCAAGACAAAAACGCCAUCGAAACGACAGAAACUUCAGUCCUGA